AUGAACGAUAUUCCAGAUGUAUACGACCAUGCAACUAAACUAAUGGACAAGGAGAACAUUAGUAGAAUUCACACGUUCGAUCUUUCAGGCGAGAUUGGACCAGACGAGUCUUCAAGUCCAAGUGAUGUAGUGGUGGAAUCUUCACCUCCAAACUUUGAUACAACAAGUUCAUCGGCGGACGACACUCUGACGUGGUUAAGGCAAAAUCAUACUCUAAAAUACAUGGAUAAGGUUAGGACUGAGAAAGAUUGUAAGAGGGGCCGUAAUAGUGAAUUACAAGUACCUUUCAACAAGGAUUCUCAGGAUGAUCACGUGUUGCCAUGGUUAGAGAAGAUGCGUCGUACCAGAGACGUUGUUUUUCCUUGCUUGAGAGAGAUGAAGGACAUCGCACUCAAGAAGAGACAGAAGCGAUGGAAUGAUUCAAAGAAGAUAGUCAAGUUUGAGGUGGGCGACAUAGUCAACAUCAUGGCUCACAACUCCGAUACAACUGUGCUUACGGCUAAAUACAUUGGAUCAUUCAUAAUUUCAGUGGCCGAUAAAAAGAGCGGAACUUACGAAGUUAACUAUGUUGCCGGUUCAAGUGCUCUUAAUGUCGGAUCAGAUUAA